AUGGUCCUCUCCGGGACCAACCACGCAACGAGCGCCGUAGUUUGCGACCCAAAGUUUGACGGCAACGAUGUCAUCUCUAACAAGGAUGACACCGACAGACUUAGGGUUCAGAACGUGGCUUCUGAUUCUGCUGAGGGCCCCAUGCCGCUACUUCAGCGGGAGUCGUCGUUAAUAUUUCACCAGCAAGACAAUUUGGGGCAAUGCUAUUCAUCUUCAACGGUGUCUGCCAUGGCGAGACUCAUGGGCCUUCAUGAUGACCAGGAGCUUCUUGCCGCCGGACAGGCUAGCGUUGUCGUGCUUCCGAAAACUCGGUUGCUACAUGUCCUGAAGGCUGGCAGCGGCACACCUCUCGACGAAGCGUCUGCAGCGCUGGCCCUGCUAUGCGAGGCAGGACAGUACGACGCCGUCGUCCAGUACGGCAGCCCACUGCUCAAAGCCGCAUCUGCGGCAGUGCCCUUCUCCCCCUUGGGCGUUGGCAAGCAGCCCGUGCCCCACCUGGAGCACCUUGCGGCUGACCUGGCGCUGUCGAUUGCUCUGGCCCACAUCAGCCUAGCUGGGGGUGCCGGCUCUGGCGGGUCAGCCAGCAGCAGUAGCGGCAGUAGUAAUCGCGGUAGCAGUAGCGGCUUGAUGGAUCUUGAGGAGGUCCACAGCCACCUGGAGAUGGCGUUGCAGGGUGUAGCGGUGGCGCUUGCUGAAGAGGUGCUCCGAAGCACUCCGCCCGUGGCGACCCCACCAGCACCACCGCCAGCUGCUGCUGCUGCUGCGCCGGCUCCGGCUGGAUCCGGAUCCGGAACCUGGACGGGACCCCUGGCUAAGAACCUGGCAAGCGGUGCACCUGCCGCCGCUAUCGGCACGUCUUCGACACCGUCCGACAAUUCUUCUGCUUCUGCCAUAGCAGCCCGGCGCUCGAAAGCCAUUUCCGUGCUUCGGAGCGCGCUGUGGCGGGGGGGAGCACCGUCGCAUUGGCACAACCAGAGCCACCCAUCGGCCCUGUCGUCGCCGCAGCGAAAGCAGGGGCGUCCAGGAGAGGCGCAAACUGCGUCCACGGCGUUAGAAGCAAACGGCGGAGGCGGCGGUAUCCGGGUUUCGGAGCUGACACCCGACGAGCGGUCGGAAAUGAUGGCGCCGCUUCGGGGACUGCUGACGGCGUCGGAACAUGUACGAGCGGAGUGUGGGUGGUUUUUGGAGGAGCGACUUGAAGCUGUUAUUGCAUUGUAUGGACCUGUCGCGAGUGGCCAGAAGCCGUACGGAGCCGUACAACUUUUGGACCAGGAGCUGUACGACCUGGCGAUUGCGCAUCUUGCACAAGGAGUGAGCACCGGCUGGCCGCAGCAUGUACUGCAGGCCUUGUCGUACUUCGAGCGCAUUGCACAGCAGCAGCAGCAGCAGGGCGCCCUGGAGAUGGCGCAGCCCGGCGCAACCGGCGCCGCCGACGUCUCCUUCGAACGCAGAGUGUGUGAGGCUCUGCUUGGUCGGCGCACCACUGCAGCCGGGCCGCCGGAUCCUCCACUGCCCAUAUCGCCGCCGUCAGCGGCGUCUACAGCCAGUAGCGCUGCCGCCGUCGCUGCCGCCACUGCAUCCUUGCCGUACAGCCUCACCGGCGAGGAUUGGGGCGACUUGGACGAGUCAGCGCUCCUGCGUCGGCUAGAAGCGCAACUGGUGAUGGCAGCGGCGGGCAGCAGCAGCGGCGGCGGCGGCGGCAGCGGAUUACUUGCGGGCCUUAGGGGCGGGUCGGCGGAAGGUGCCGUGUCGUUCGAGGUGGGGUUUGUUUAUGCCGCGGAUUGCAAUAAUGGCCCCCUAAUGGAAGCGCGCUCUUUUCUUAAACCGCGUGGGGACGUGGUUUUCGCCACGGUGGAUGUUUUUUUAGGGUUUAGGCGUGACGUGUCGUACGGCUGUGUGGCUGACGUGUCCGACCGCUGCACCGAACUGUUCCAGGUGAACGAGCGAGGCGACGGCGCCGGAGGCAGUGAAUACAGCGACGACGAUGGCGCUGUAAGCUUAGCAACGGCGGCGGCGGCGGCGGCGCCGGCACGGAGGGUCUCAGCUGUCGGCAAGGCAGCGGCGAAGGCAGCCGUCACGUCGGUGGACGGCAGGCCGCCGGCCGCUGCCGCCGCCGCAGCAGCAGAAGCGGCAGCUGUUCCUGUGCAUGGCGACAAGUUAUCGGCGGUGGGGAAGACGACGACGCAGCAGCAGAAACAAGAGCAACAGGUUGCUGCGGCUGAUUUGCAUGGCGACGACGGUAAGGCUCGCCAGGAGACGGAUCGAGGUCGCGGUCGCGUGGAUGACGUGGCACACAAGUACGGCUGGGCGGAGAGCUGGUUGGAGCUGUCGGUGAUGCCGUGCUUCCCGGAAAUGGCGGGUGCGGGGACAGUGUCCCUGGCGAAGUGGUUCAGUGACCCACGGGUCGUACUCUUCAACAAGCUGACUGUCGCUGCUUUUGCUUCCAUUGCUUUUGCUUCCACUGCUGUUGCUUGUGCUGCUGCUGCUGGUCGGUUGUUGACGACGAGUUGUGCAGCUUCUGGCGGUUCGCAGCGGGGAGGUGCAGCUGAUGACUGCCUCGCGGCUGGGCAGUGCGGUGGCGCAUGUGUCCGACGCCAGCCGCCAGAGGCUGUGGCAGCUGUGGCAGGCGGCGGCGAGCGCAGUGGCGGCAGAGCUGCCGUGGCGGUGCAGGCACCGCCGCGCGCCGCUACUGCCGCCGCCGAAGCCACCGCGAGCGCGAGUGCCGGCGACGUCUUGGAGUGGCCGCGAGCAGCAGCGGCGGCGGCAGCGCUUCCACACCAGGACUCUGAGCAGCUACCGCUUUUUGACGGGGGUCCGAACACCAAUAAUGUCGUACCGUUCCCAGCUGGUACGGCUGCAGCUGCUGGUGGCAAUGUUGGUGGUGGUGUCGGCGGCAGUGCCGGCAGUGGCUCUGUCGGCGCCGCCGUGGCGAUGCCAGUAUCCCCGACGGCGGUCCCCGCUGCGGCGCCGCCAGUCGCUGGCGGGUUGGUAGACGUCACCGUGGCGGCGCCGCCAGCGAACGUCGCCGCCGAUGCCGACGUCAGCGUUGGGGGGGGGGCGCUGUGGGUGCCCGAUGCAGAGGGCCACCUUCACCCUCGGCCACGGAUGGUGACGCGUGCCGUACAUUGCGCGGCCGCCGCCGCCGCCAGCAUUAAGGAACGCGUGUCGACGCUGCCAGGGGCGCCUCGGGACUGGACCAUCGUCGGGCUGGAUCAGGCGGCGAUAGAAGAGGCAAUGAGCCGUGAUGCCGUACGGCGAGUGGCGGCCGCCGCGGCGCAGGCUAUUUGCUUGGGAGUGCUAGCGGCGUAUGUGGGCAAUCGGAUUGUAGCUAGCGGCGCUCUGCAGGCCGCGGCUGCCAGCGGAUACAGCGCGGCGGCUGCUGCCGCGGCGGCGGCGCCAACGGUGGAUGCGUCGACGGCGCAGGUGGCGGCGGCGGCGCGGGCUGUGGCCCGUUGGCUGUGUGGAGGUGCAGCUGGGUCUGCUGCACAUGAGGCGCUUGGUUCCUGGCCACUGCAGCUGGGUGCGCAAGAUGGAGGACAGAAGACGGAGGCGCUUCCAUUCUCUGUAGAGGCAGUCGGCGUGGGGAGCGUGGGCCGCCUUGCCGAGCAGUACGGCAGAAGGGCCGAGCUGGACGAGCCGGCCGCGGCGGCGCUGGUACGCGGCUGGGCGGCCGCACGCGCCGCUGCACCCGCCCUGACCGACCCACGGGACCGUUCCGAGCUGUUAUCGGUACUGCUUGGGGGUCGGGCCCUCAAGGCCGCGAGAGCGGAGGCUGAACGGAACGCGCGGAUGGGCAGGCGUGUGCACGUGCAGCGCAUUGAUGUGGAGGUGGAGCAGCUGCACGUCCGCACUGCCAGGGUGGUCGUCCCCGGCUUCGUCAAUGCGCUGGGGCAGGGACACGGCCAGGGGACCGGGCCGGAGGUGGCUGUGACGGCGGUAGUGGUGACGACGGGCACGGAAACCAGUCGGGCGUCGCCGCUGCCAUUGUCGUACUGCUCCACGGAGCGGCUCAAUUUGACGUUUCGGAGGACAGCAGCACCGGAGGCACCGUCAGCUGCUGCUGGCAUUGGCGUCAUUGGCUUGGUGUGGCCCCACUCGGCGUGUCACGGCGGUUACGGGUCGGGGAAGGAAAGGGAGAGCGACAGACAGACAGACAAACAGAAACGCGUCCGUCAGGUGGUGAUCAAGGUGGUGCCAUACUUCGAGCGGCAGUAUGGGGGGCGUGCCGCCCGGUUCCAGCAGGGCCGACUAAAUCAGGUGGUGCAGCGCCACCGCCGCAUGGUGGCGUUGCUUGGGGAGCGGGCGACGGACACCAUGCAUGUAGUGGAUGACGCUUCGGGAACCAUCGCCAUUGCCAGCCUCAAGGCGGGUGGUAUGGGGCACCUGGUGUGCCUGGCGGAUGGCUCAUGCACCUGCAAGGCUGGCUCCGUCAGUGGAGUGUGCGUUCAUCUGGAGGCGGUCUACCGCUUGCAUGGGCGGACGGUCGCUCGGCAGGCAGCAGAUGUGAUGGUGUUCCGGAGCCUGACGACCAAGUUUUUCGAUGCCGGCAAGGUAGCGCUGCCCUAUGUAUACUAA